AUGUCUGAUGUGGUACAUAACAGGACAUCAGUAGCACCACCAUUAGAGGAGGCAUCACAUCGGCCAGCAUCGGAGGGGCCAUUAGUGCCACCAGCAUCUGAGGGGCCAUUACCACCGUAUCGACCACCAUCAGUGGCACCACAGCAGCUACCAUACCCUUCGUCUUCUUCACAGCCUACAUCAGAGUGGGGUACUGGUAAAAAGCUGCACAUACAAUUUGAUGGAAAUUACUGCCCAAUAGGGGAUAACGUGGCCAAGUUAACUACUCAACUUGGCAUUAUUGUUCGGAAUGGUAACAUUGUUCCUCUUACUUUUGUUGACUGGAACAGUGUGCCUGAUGAUAUUGUUGAUGCUAUUUGGAAGGAUGUGAAGGACAAUUUGAAUAUAUGUCCAGAGGAGUACAAGCCAAUCUGCAUGAGAAACUGCAACAGCAUAUGGAAGGAUUACAAGAACAAGAUUAAGACUAAGUAUUUCAGGCCUAGAAGUUCUGAUCCUAAUAUGAAGGAUGAUGUUCCUUUGCACAUUGUGACAAGCUAGUGGGAAGAACUUGUGGAGUAUUGGCGUACUUCCGAUGCUGAGGUAUACAAAUAAGUUAUAUUUAUGAUAUGUAAACAUACAAAUCAUAUUUACAUACUUACAUUUGUUGAACCUGUUAUAGAAAAUUGCAAGUAGGAACGCUAACAAUCGGCGAGCUCACAGCAUAGCUCAUACCACAGGACGUACUACUUUCUCUCAGAUACGGCAUGAGGUUUACAUUUUAUUGUUUUAUUUUUGUAUAUAAAUAAACAUUGUAUAUUUACAAAUUAUUUAGAUUCUAAUUUUUAUAUUUCUAAAAAAAUGCAGAUGACCAGUAAGGGGGAGUCUACUGAUAAGAUGAA